AUGCCCGGCUUCCACGUGUACCCGCAGGCUUCCUGCCUCUCCGGGGAGUGCUCGCCCGACGUGAGCAUGGUGGCGCCUUCCACGCCCGCGCCCGCGCCCAUCGACCUCAACGCCACACCGGUGGCCGGUGGCUCGUCAUCCGGAGGCGCGAGGAAACGCGCGCGGCAGAUGCCGGCCGACGUGUUGUCGGACGCCCGCAACCUGUUCGACGGAAUGCCGGCCGCCGGCGACGAGGACUACAUGCAAAACCUCAUCUUCGAGGGCGGUGCACCGGGCGUUGGCUACGAUCCCGACGAGAGUCAAAGCCAGGAUGGCCACGGGGCGUUCACGCCGGGCGCUGGCUAUGAUCCCGAUCAGGCGGUCUUCAUGCGUGAUCAGGUCGGCAUGGACCUGGACGGCUUCCCACUUGACCACGAGUUUCCGGAUGACUAUGGGCAAGAGGAAGAGGACGAGUACGCUAUCGAAGUGGAGCCUUUGUUCGAGGACGAGCUCGCCAACCAAGCCGCCGGGCCGAAGCCGAAGCGCAAGAGCAAGCGGACGAAGUCAUACGCGGCAGCCGAGGACAAGCUUCUUUCAAGGAAUGAGCCGUGGUUCAAGAAGAUGCAGGCCGACAUGCUCAAGUUCACCGACGAGUGA